AUGCACCUUUCUGUUGGACUGAACCUCUGUCCAGAGAAGGACCUUGAUGUACCAAAAUAUCUUUCUCAACAGUGGGCGAAAGCAACUGGAAGAGGUGAAGUUGGAAAGCUUAAAAUAGCUAAGAAUCAAGGAAAAACAGAGGUAUCUUUCACACUUAAUGAAGAGUUGACAGAUAUUCAGGAAAUUGGAGACAAACCAGCUUCAGUCAAAGCCCCACGAGAUCAUCCCUUCACGAUGCAGAGUGUGGGCGGACAAACGUUGGCGGUUUUCACUGAAAGCUCCUCGGAAAAAUUAGCCCUUGAGGGAACUGUGGUGCAGCGUGCUGAAUGUAGACCAGCAGUGAAUGAACAUUACAUGAAACUUAAAAGAUUGCAAAUAGAAGAGUCCUCAAAACCUGUACGCCUGUCACAACAGCUGGAAAAAGUUGUAACAACCAACUACAAACCAGUUGCAAAUCAUGCACACAAUGUGGAAUAUGAAAAAAAGAAGAAGGAGGAUGGCAAGCGUGCUCGUGCUGAUAAGCAACAGGUGCUAGAAAUGCUGUUCUCUGCCUUUGAGAAGCACCAGUAUUACAACAUUAAGGACUUAGUGGAUAUCACAAAACAACCUGUGAUCUAUCUGAAAGAGAUUUUACGGGAAAUAGGAAUCUACAAUGUCAAAGGCACACAUAAGAACACAUGGGAGCUUAAGCCGGAAUACAGGCAUUAUCAGGGUGAAGAGAAGAGUGAUUAAGUGGAGUGAAUGAACCCUGGUUUAGGAGGACACCAAUAACUACAUAAUAUAACAGACUCUUAAAGUUUGUAACAUAUUUCUUUUAGAGCAUAUAGUAAAACAGUAUUGUCAUCUCCUUUUAUAUUUUUUUGUUAAUUUGUUUGCAGGGUAGUAAUGUUUGCAUUGCCUUUUUAUGAAAUGCAGCAGUUUGUAAAUGUAAAUAACCUUUGAAGAACAAGAAAUUUUAUUUUAGAGAAAUUGUUCUUAAAGUAAUAAACAAACUAACAAGAAAAAUGGUGGUGAAAUGUCUGUUUUUAACAUUGUGAAAUGUUUUGAAUGCUGUUUGUUAUAAACACAAAAGGCAGACCUGUCAAAGAGAUUGGGUUUCUGCAGUUGUUUCAGAUUAUUUGACACAUGCAUAUCAAUAUAAAAUUUUUGAUCAUUUGC